GGCAACGCCGGCGGCGGCGGCGGGACUGGGACCGCCGCGCUGGCCACGGGAGAGUCACCCUGUCCGCGUUGGUUCCAGUCGUGACGAUGGCUUCGUUCGUGACAGAGGUUCUGGCACACUCGGGGAGGCUGGAGAAGGAGGAUCUGGGCACUCGAAUCAGCCGCCUGACCCGGCGGGUGGAGGAGAUCAAGGGUGAGGUGUGCACGCUGAUCAGCAAGAAGUACAGUGAGUUCCUGCCCAGCAUGCAGAGUGCACAGGACCUGGUCACCCAGGUGGAUAAGCUGUCUGAGGACAUUGACCAGCUGAAAUCCAGGAUAGAGAGUGAGGUCCGCCGGGAUCUUCACGUGUCAACCGCUGAAUUCACAGAUUUGAAACAACAGUUGGAAAGGGACUCAGUGGUUCUGAAUUUGCUUAAACAGCUGCAACAGUUUUCUUCUGCUAUUGAAGACUGUAACUGUGCGUUAGCAGAGAAGAAGUACGUCACUGCUGCUCAGCGCCUGGAAGAGGCCCAGAAAUGCUUGAAGUUACUAAAAUCCAGGAAGUGCUUGGAUUUAAAAAUGCUGAAAUCUCUCAGCAUGGAGCUCACAAUACAGAAGCAGAACAUCCUCUAUCACCUUGGGGAAGAGUGGCAGAAGCUGAUUGUCUGGAAGUUCCCGCCUUCAAAAGACGCCAGCACCGUGGAGUCUUGCCUACAAACAGAACUUCAUUUAUGCAUCGGGCAGUCUCAGAAAGAAGAGAAGACCCCUGGGCCACCAAUCAGUUCGGUGCUCUUGGCGUUCUCUGCUCUUGGGGAGCUACAGAUGAAGCUCAAGUCAUUUGGCCAGACGCUGCUGAAAUAUGUCCUGAGGCCGCUGGCGUCUUGCCCGUCCCUUGAUGCUGUGGUAGAAAGCCAGCCUAACGCCCUCGUUAUUCGUUUCGAGUCCGUGAUGACUGACUUGGAACAUCCGUCACCUUCUGAAGUUUUUGCAAAGAUCAGACUGGUGCUGGAAGUGCUCCGGAAACACCUUCUGGAUUUACCUCUUGAUACUGACCUAGAAGACGAAAAGCCCUCUGAGGUCGUUUUGGCUGAGCUGCUCGGUGACAUGAUCUGGGAGGACUUGUCCGAGUGCCUCAUUAAAAACUGUCUGGUCUAUUCCAUCCCGACCAAUAGCAGCAAGCUAGAGCAGUACGAAGAGAUCAUACAGUCCACUGAAGGAUUUGAAAAUGCCCUGAAGGAGAUGAGGUUUUUAAAAGGAGAUACCACGGAUUUGCUGAAAUAUGCCCGUAACGUCAAUUCUCAUUUUGCUAACAAGAAAUGCCAGGAUGUGAUCGUGGCGGCCAGAAACCUAAUGACCUCCGAGAUUCACAACACCGUGAAGAUUACUCCUGACUCUAGGAUAAGCGUGCCGGACUUACCCAGUCCCCAGAAGGAUGACAAGUCAGAAGUACAGAAAGUGUCCACCACUCAGUACAACGAGGUGGUGAAUUUAGAGCCUGAGCAUACGCUGGACCAACAUUCCUUUUCUUUGCCCACGUGCCGCAUCAGCGAGUCAGUGAGGCGGUUGAUGGAACUGGCCUAUCAGACUUUACUGGAGGCCACAACCAGCAGUGAUCAGUGUGCCGUUCAGCUUUUCUACUCAGUGAGGAAUAUCUUCCAUUUGUUCCAUGAUGUCGUACCAACGUAUCACAAGGAGAACCUGCAGAAGCUGCCCCAGCUGGCCGCCAUCCACCACAACAACUGUAUGUACAUUGCUCACCACCUGCUGACGCUCGGCCAUCAGUUCAGACUGCGCCUGGCGCCCGUCCUUUGUGACGGCACCACCACCUUCGUGGAUCUGGUCCCUGGCUUCAGGAGGCUUGGGACGGAGUGUUUUCUGGCCCAGAUGCGGGCGCAGAAAGGCGAACUUCUGGAAAGAUUAUCAAGUGCUAGAAACUUUUCCAACAUGGACGACGAAGAGAAUUACUCUGCAGCCAACAAAGCAGUCCGGCAGGUUCUGCACCAGCUGAAGAGGCUUGGGGUUGUGUGGCAGGACGUCCUGCCGGUGACUAUAUAUUGCAAGGCUAUGGGGACUCUACUCAACACGGCGGUUUCUGAGAUCAUUGGCAGAAUCACCGCUCUCGAGGACAUCUCUACCGAAGACGGUGACCGAUUGUAUUCCUUGUGCAAAACGGUGCUGGACGAGGGGCCCCAAGUGUUUGCACCUCUCUCGGAGGAAAGCAAGAACAAGAAAUACCAAGAGGAGGUCCCGGUCUACGUGCCCAAAUGGAUGCCGUUCAAGGAGUUGAUGAUGAUGUUACAGGCCAGCCUGCAGGAAAUUGGGGAUCGGUGGGCAGACGGAAAAGGGCCCCUGGCAGCUGCAUUCUCCUCCACUGAAGUGAAAGCUUUAGUCCGUGCCUUGUUCCAGAACACAGAACGAAGGGCAGCUGCCCUGGCUAAGAUUAAGUAGCCGUGUCCUCCCAAGAAGGCCGUGUCUUAACCGUUUGGAUUGCUCUCUCGGCACACGUGCCCCUUUGCAGACUUCUUGGAAUCACCCGUCAGUGUUGGUGACCAGGGAUACCGUGGAAGGCUAGUUUCACCCAAGACCGCCUUACCUCCCGGCUCGAGUGAGGCUCUCUCCAAGGACUGAAUGUUCAGAUCAGCUGCGGGGUGAAGCGCCUCAGCUGGCUGACCUCCUCGGCCUCCUCCCUGGAUAAGCCGCUGAGGGGCAGCGCUGCUCCGUGUUGCUCCUGGGCCUUCUGGGGGCUGUGUCCAUUGUGAAUGUACGGCCUGGCCUCGGGUCCAGGCAUCCAGGGGGUUCCAGGAGUCAGGGUGAAGAAUCCGUGAGCAAAUCCUAGAUAUCUUUUGGGGGACGGGGGAACUGUAUUGGUCCUUGCAGGAAUUAAGGAGACUUCCUUUAAUAUUUCUUUCCAAUAAAUGAUGCUUUCCAGAGUU